AUGGCCAAGAUGAUGGAUAUCGAAGAUAACAUUAAGGACGAAUUUAUUCACACCAAAACUAUUUUUCGUCGUCAUUCAAAAGGUCCUGUUAUGUUUAAUGGAUGUUCACCUUCAGGUGAUGUUAUUAUAAUUGAUAAUAUUAGUCCAAAGAAAUCAUACGAUCUAACCGGAUGGUACAUUGAACGACAAACAAAUUCUCAAAAAUUUCUUCGAUAUACAUUUACAGAUAAAUUUAUUAUUCCACCGUUGGCAACAAUAGAAUUAUGGUCGAGUAUUGCAACGUCUAUGUCACCAUCAAAUGAAAUGGAAUCCAAUCAAUCAUCAGAAGAACAUGAACAACAGCAGACAUUUGUUACAAUCAAGACAAAAUUAUUAACAUGGAAUACGGCUCGACAAUGGAGCAUUAAUAAACUUUUUGAUUGUCAUGGACAUGAAAAAGCCAUUUUUUCUCACCGAACAUUGACACCGCUAGAAUAUGAGAAAGAAGAAUAA